AUGGCUACCGCCAGCAGGACCUUCACCCGCGCUCUGCGCUCGAAUCCAAUUGCCUCUUCCCUCCGAACCGCUGCACCGCGCCGUGUUGUGGUCCCUCGCCAGGCUUUCCGCCAGCAGGGCCGACGAGGUUACGCUUCCGAGGCGCCCAAGUCCAGCGGCAAUGCCCUUCCCAUCGCUGCUGCCGUUCUCGCCGCCGCUGGAGUUACUGGCUACUACUACCUGAACUCCAACGCUGGCACCCAAGACAGCGCUUCCCAAGGACAGAAGGGUAACACCAUCUUCUCGCCCUCGAAGAAAGACUACCAAGCUGUCUACGAUGCCAUCGCCAAACGUCUCAUCGACGAGAGUGACUACGAUGACGGCUCGUACGGCCCUGUCCUCCUCCGCCUCGGCUGGCACGCUUCGGGUACCUACGACAAGGAGACUGGCACUGGUGGCUCCAACGGCGCCACCAUGCGUUUCGCCCCUGAGGGCGACCACGGCGCGAACGCCGGUCUCAAAGCCGCCCGCGACUUUCUCGAGCCUAUCCGCCAACAAUUCCCGUGGAUCACCUACUCCGACCUCUGGACCCUCGCCGCGGCCUGUGCCAUCCAAGAGAUGGGCGGACCGGACAUCCCAUGGCGUCCCGGCCGCCAGGACCGCGACGUGAGCUUCUGCACACCGGACGGACGCCUUCCCGACGCGAGCAAAGCCCACGGGCACCUGCGGGAUAUUUUCGGCCGCAUGGGCUUCAACGAUGAGGAGAUCGUGGCGCUCUCGGGCGCCCACGCUCUCGGCCGCUGCCACACCGAUCGCUCGGGCUUCGAGGGUCCCUGGACCUUCUCCCCCAUCACCCUCACCAACGACUACUACAAGCUCCUCCUCGAGGAGAAGUGGCAGUGGCGCAAGUGGAACGGCCCGAAGCAGUAUGAGGACAAGGGCACCAAGACGCUGAUGAUGCUGCCGACGGACAUGGCCCUCAUCAACGACAAGAGCUUCCGCAAGACGGUCGAGAAGUACGCGCGCGACCAGGAUGCGUUCUUCCACGAUUUCAGCAACGUUCUCGUUCGCCUGUUCGAGCUGGGUGUGCCGUUUGCGACUGGCGAGGAUGCGAGAAUCACUUUCAAGAGGACGGAGUAG